UACACUUAACCAAAUAGCUCUCUACAAGCUAUAAAAUGGAUAACAGAUGUCUUUGUGCAGCCAGCGGCGACAGGCUCUCCAACCCUAUCCUCUACAACAUCCUGAGUCAAAUGGAUAACAGCAAAGCAAGCCAAAACAGCUUCAACUACACUUCAAUACCUCAUAGAUGCAACUGUGAGCAGCGGAGGACUGUGUGCUUAAAAAGGCCAUCUGAAGUCUGCAAAGAAGCCUCAGCAGUCCUGGUGAAAACUGUCCACUUUAUGAAGAACUUACCUGCUUUUAGCCAGAUGCCUCCAAACGACCAGUUUGCGCUUCUCAAAAGCUGCUGGGCACCACUCUUUAUCUUGGGUUUGGCUCAGGAGCGUGUGGACUUUGAGGUGAUGGACACUCCUGCAGACAGCAUGCUGAAAAAAAUUCUUCUGAACAGGAAGGAGAGCCCUGAGAUGGAGAGAGAACAGCCAACCAUGGCCGGUGUCAGCAAGCUCAAAUCCUGCCUCAAAAAGUUCUGGAGUUUGGAUUUGAGUCCAAAGGAGUACGCGUACCUCAAAGGGACCACAAUAUUUAACCCUGAUGUCCAGGAUUUAAAGGCAGCUUUGUUUGUCGAAGGCCUGCAGCAGGAGGCUCAGCACGCCCUCAGCGAGGUGGUCCAGCUCCUUCACCCAGGGGGUAGGGAGCGCUUUGCUCGGAUCCUCCUCACAGCCUCCAUGCUACAGAGCAUCACGCCCGGCCUCAUCUCUGAACUGUUCUUCAGGCCUGUGAUCGGCCAGGCUGACCUGCUGGAGCUGCUGGUCGACAUGCUCUUCUGCAGGUAGAAGAGGACGUCAUCGGACUGAAAAAAACUUUAUUAAAGACAGAAGUGGUGCAGAAAUGUGUGUAUGGUGGACUGCUCAAAAAAGCACUUAGUAUAUCCUUAAAAAACUGUAAAUAGUUAAAUUUGAUUUUAUGGAAUGUCUAGCUUUACAUUCAAGUUCAGGUCACUUUAGCCCAGACUGAAAGAUUGUAUCCUCUUAAGUGGAAAAUGUGAAUUUUCAC